AGAGCGGCACUCUCCGGUCAGUCGGGAGCGGAAGCCGGCGCGCUCGCGACCCGGAAGUGUGUCUCGGGAGACGCUUUGAGGGGGGGCUGUGUGGACUCUCAGCGUCGACGGAGCGGCGCGAUGGCUUCGGGGAUGCGGCCCUCGCCGGGCUUAAAGAUGAAGGCUUCGGACGACAGCAAUGCACCUCCCGCCAAGAAGGGUCCGAUUUUCUACGGAAGCCUGGAAGAGAAGGAGCGUGAGCGUCUCCUCAAAGGGGAGUCAGGAAUGUUGGGCAAGGAUGCCGUCAAAGCUGCUAUUGAGGCUGGCCACAUCAACAUCACCAGCGGGGAAGUGUAUGACCUGGAGGAGCAUAUGAGCGAGCGGCAGGCUGAAGUGCUGGCUGAGUUUGAGCGCAGGAAGCGUGCCCGGCAAAUCAACGUCUCCACUGACGACUCGGAAGUCAAGGCCUGCUUACGAGCUCUCGGGGAGCCCAUCACGCUUUUCGGUGAGGGGCCUGCUGAAAGGAGAGAGAGGCUCCGGAACAUUCUCUCAGUGGUUGGCACAGAUGCCUUGAAGAAGACCAAGAAAGAUGAUGAGAAGUCUAAGAAAUCAAAAGAAGAGUAUCAGCAGACGUGGUACCAUGAAGGACCAAAUACCCUCAAGACAGCCAGACUGUGGAUUGCUAACUACUCCCUCCCUCGAGCUUUGAAGCGACUGGAUGAAGCCCGUUUGCUCAAGGAAGUCCCCGAGGCCACACGGACAUCCCAGAAACAGGAGCUGCACAAAUCCUUGAGGUCUCUGAAUAAUUUCUGCAGCCAAAUUGGGGACGACCGCCCGAUCUCAUACUGCCACUUCAGCCCCAACUCCAAGCUCCUGGCUACAGCCUGUUGGAGCGGCCUCUGCAAGCUGUGGUCGGUCCCAGACUGCAAUCUCAUCCACACUUUGCGAGGGCACAACACCAGCGUCGGCGCCAUUGUCUUUCACCCCAAGGCAACCAUCUCUUUGGACAAGGAGGACGUGAACCUGGCUUCCUGUGCCACCGACGGCUCGGUCAAGCUCUGGAGUCUUGAAAGCGACGAGCCCGUGGCUGACAUCGAGGGGCACACAGUCCGGGUGGCCCGGGUGGCCUGGCAUCCUUCCGGAAGGUUCCUGGGCACCACCUGUUACGACCACUCGUGGCGCUUGUGGGAUCUGGAGGCCCAAGAGGAGAUUCUGCACCAGGAAGGGCACAGCAAAGGCGUCUACGACAUCGCCUUCCACAUCGACGGCUCCCUUGCUGGCACUGGCGGCCUCGAUGCCUUUGGCCGUGUGUGGGACCUGCGCACGGGACGCUGCAUCAUGUUCCUCGAGGGCCAUCUCAAGGAGAUCUACGGAAUCAACUUCUCUCCAAACGGGUUCCACAUUGCCACUGGCAGCGGAGACAACACCUGUAAAGUGUGGGAUCUUCGCCAGAGGAGAUGCAUCUACACCAUCCCUGCCCACCAGAACCUGGUGACAGGGGUAAAAUUUGAACCCAACCACGGCAACUUCCUGCUCACCGGUGCCUACGACAACACGGCCAAGGUCUGGACGCACCCCGGCUGGUCCCCGCUGAAAACCCUGGCAGGGCACGAGGGCAAAGUGAUGGGCCUGGACAUCUCCCUGGACGGGCAGCUGAUCGCCACCUGCUCCUACGACAGGACCUUCAAGCUCUGGAUGGCAGAGUAGGUGGGGCGUUUCUGGCAGCUCCCGUAGCCAAGGAAGACCCUUGGCCUAGCAGCCCAGGCUCUGUGGGUGUCAGUGGCCAGCUUGCCGUGGACCCAGGGCGGGUGCCCAGAGCGGGAGGCCCUCUUCCACACCCCCUGCUCAGGCCAGGCUGCAUUUGCAGAACGUUACCCUUGAGAGUUCUUAUUUUUGUAUUCUCCCACUACUACUCCUCCCCCUCCCCAACGGACUGGGCUGUGGCCAGAGGAGCUUUUUGACAGCCUGCUUGCAGGGGCGAGACUUCCAUGGCCCCUCUCAUCUGGAUCCCAAGCCCAGCCUCCAGCCCCUUUCAGGGUGCCCCCUGGGUCGCUCUGUUGGUCAUCGGGGUGGGAGUUCCCUGUUGGACUGAGACGUUGGGGUGCAUUAAAACAGGGUCACUGCUGGAA